AUGACUACUCUCAGGCUACGUCGAGCACGCCAAGCAUGCGGUAGAUAUAUACCGUGCCACAUCCACGACCGUCAAGACCCUCCACCUACGCCCGAGGAACACGCGACACACGUUCGGUUUCUGGAAUGGGCAGAGGUUGUGUACCGAGAGGCACUCGAAGACAAGAAGAAGCAAGAUGAGGAAGACGCGCAGGAGGUUGAUCUUGUUUCGGAUGGAGAUGCCCCGCUGGAAUAUCUUCAGAAUAUGGGUCUCGGCGAGAUGGUGCCUAUUCUUUCCAGCGAUGACGAAGAUGUCGAGAUGAGUGACGAGGAAGAUCAUGAGAUGAGCGACGACGAAGGUCUUGAGAUGAGUGACGACGAGGGCCUUGAGAUGAGUGACGGAGACCUCGCGAUGAGUGACGGAGACCUCGAUGAGUCCGACAGCCAAGAGAACACCGAGCUUAAUGACAGGAAGGUUGGUCCUGUAGAGGGUGUUGAGAACGACAAGGAGGAGGCUACCAUCGAAGCGAACCCACAUCAGCAGCACGAACCGGACUUCCAUCAGGUAUCAGCAACGCUCAGGGCCAUGCUGAGAGGUCCAGGCACUGCCGACUAUGUCACACGUACUUCAAACAGUCUGCCUCCUACUCCUCCCCGCCUGUCACCCCAUCCAACCGCAGAGAGGGCGACUCAAGCGUUCCUUACAACCCCGGGCGCGUCGCGCAAGCCUACAGGCGAAAAGCCGGGUACGGGUUCUCUUGCAACUCCUGGCCCGUCUCGCAAACCGACCGACGAGAGAAAGUCGCGGGAGAAGAAACGGGACGACUGA